UUGGAGAAGAGGAGAAGUGAGAGUGUGUUGAUGAGACUCCUCUCCUCUCACCGAAAACAAAACGCAUCCAAUGACCUCAAGUCGACGCGCUGUGGACUUCCAUCAGACCAGCACUGUGACUUUUCAUUCUUAACUACUUGAUAUAUCUUCAUCAUCAUCAUCAUCACCAUCAGCAGCACCAUAGGAGGAUCCAUGAGCCGAGGAAGGGUCACUUUCUCUCACACAGAAAAGCUCUGACUGAGAUGGCCAUGUCACUGCGCUGCCACAGGACAGUCAUAUUGGCUGUGGCCUUCUGUUUCCUGCCUUGCAUUACUUCCUCCCUCAACCUGGAUGAUCCCAAUGUCUGCAGCCACUGGGAGAGUUACUCUGUGACAGUGCAGGAGUCAUACGCCCAUCCCUUUGAUCAGAUUUAUUACACCAGCUGCACUGACAUUCUCAACUGGUUUAAGUGCACCAGACACAGAGUGAGCUAUCGGACAGCCUAUCGAAGAGGAGCAAAGACCAUGUACCGGAGAAAGUCCCAGUGCUGCCCAGGCUUCUUUGAGAAUGGAGAGUUCUGUGCUCCUCAUUGUGCAGAGAGCUGUGUUCACGGCCGUUGUAUGGCCCCCAACACCUGCCAGUGUGAGCCGGGCUGGGGGGGCUCCAACUGCUCCAGUGCUUGUGACAGCAACCACUGGGGUCCCCACUGCAGUAACAGAUGUCAGUGCCAGAACGGUGCACUGUGUAACCCCAUCACUGGAGCCUGUAUCUGCACACCUGGAUACAGAGGCUGGCGCUGUGAGGCUCAGUGUGAAGUGGGCACCUAUGGAAAUGGCUGCCAGCAGAAAUGCCAGUGCCAGAAUGGAGCCACCUGUCACCAUGUUACAGGAGAAUGCAAGUGCUCACCCGGAUACACUGGUGCUUUCUGUGAAGACCUGUGUCCUCCAGGUAAACAUGGGCAGCAGUGUGAGGAGAGAUGCCCAUGUCAGAAUGGUGGAGUGUGUCACCAUGUGACAGGAGAGUGCUCCUGUCCUGCAGGAUGGAUGGGUACAGUGUGUGGACAGCCAUGUCCAGAGGGGAGAUUUGGACAAAACUGUUCCCAGGAAUGUCAGUGUCACAACAAUGCUUUCUGUGUGUUGUCCACUGGACAGUGUCUCUGCAGCCCUGGAUACAUGGGAGAACGGUGCCAGGAUGAGUGUCCAGUUGGUACUUAUGGCGCUGGCUGUGCAAAGACGUGUCGCUGUAAGAACAACAGCAAGUGCUACCACACCAACGGAAUGUGUCUGUGUGAGCUGGGGUACACGGGGGAAACAUGUGACGUCCGACUGUGUCCUGAAAGACACUACGGCAUCCGAUGUGAUAGGAAGUGUCCAUGCUACACUCAGAACACACUCAGCUGCCACCCAAUGUCAGGGGAGUGUACAUGUCAGCCUGGUUGGUCAGGCCUCUACUGCAAUGAGACGUGCACCCCAGGUUUCUAUGGCGAGUCCUGCCAGCAGGUGUGCCAGUGCCAGAACGGCGCUGACUGCCACAGUGUGACCGGAGAGUGUAUCUGUGCUCCAGGCUUCACGGGUUCAAACUGUUCAGUCCCCUGCCCAACAGGAACACAUGGAGUGGACUGCUCAUCCAGCUGCAGCUGUAAGAACAGAGCUCAAUGUUCACCUGUGGACGGAUCCUGCUCCUGCACACCAGGGUGGCAUGGGGUGGACUGCUCCAUCAACUGCCCCAGCGGUACCUGGGGUCUGGGCUGUAACCUCACCUGUAUGUGUGGGAACGGAGGAGCGUGUAACGCCCUGGAUGGUCACUGUACCUGUGCUGCAGGAUGGAGAGGAGAGAGGUGUGAACUCCACUGCCAGGAUGGCACCUAUGGUCUGGACUGUAAAGAACGCUGCGACUGCAUUCAUGCUGAUGGAUGUCACCACUCUACUGGUCACUGCCGCUGUUUGGCUGGAUGGACUGGUAUCCACUGUGACAGUGUGUGUACAGAGGGCCGCUGGGGCCCAAACUGCUCCCUUCCCUGUAAUUGUAAGAAUGGGGCAUCGUGUUCUCCAGAUGAAGGAACCUGUGAGUGUGCUCCAGGAUACAGAGGCACCACCUGUCAGAGGAUCUGCUCUCCAGGUUACUUUGGUCACCGUUGCAGUCAGACGUGUCCACAGUGUGUCCACAGCAACGGGCCAUGUCACCAUGUUACAGGACAGUGUGACUGUCUGCCAGGCUUCAAGGGAGCGCUGUGCAACGAGGUGUGUCCCAGUGGUCACUUUGGGAAGAACUGUGCCUGGAGCUGCAGCUGCACCAACAACGGCACCUGUAACCCCAUCGAUGGCUCCUGUCAGUGUUAUCCUGGAUGGAUCGGCAGCGACUGCUCCCAGCCGUGCCCCCCUGGACAGUGGGGACCCAACUGCAUCCACACAUGUAACUGCCACAACGGAGCAUACUGCAGCGCUUAUGAUGGAGAAUGCAAGUGCACCCCAGGAUGGACCGGCCUCUAUUGCACACAGCGCUGUCCAUUAGGUUUCUAUGGGAAGGACUGUUCUCAGAUCUGCCAGUGUAGGAAUGGAGCUGACUGUGAUCACAUCUCCGGACAGUGCACCUGUCGCACCGGCUUCAUGGGACGACACUGUGAACAAAAGUGUCCUCCUGGUUCUUAUGGUUAUGGCUGCCGUCAGGUCUGUGACUGUCUCAAUAACUCCACGUGUGAUCACAUGACGGGUACAUGUUACUGCAACCCAGGCUGGAAGGGAGCUCGCUGUGAUCAAGCUGGUGUAGUUGUGGGCAGCCUGAACAGCUUGACCAGAGCAGCCAUGCAGGUGGACACUUACCAGAUUGGAGCCAUCGCAGGGAUCAUUGUCCUGGUGCUCCUGGUGCUCUUUUUGCUCCUCCUUUUCAUCAUCUACAGGAAGAAGCAGAAGGGCAAAGAGCCGACCAUGCCAGCUGUGACCUACACUCCUGCUAUGAGGGUCACUGCUGAUUAUACCAUUGCAGAUGCUCACCGACCAGCAUGUGAAGGCCACCCCAGCAACUACUUCUCCAACCCCAGCUACCAUACUCUGACCCAGUGCAUCACCCCCCCACAUGUUAGCACCGCUCCAUAUGGAAAGGCCAAGAGCAGCCAGUUGUUUGUCAACUUGAAGAAUGUAGACCAGAGAAAAAGGCCAACUAGACCUGAGCACACUAGCACACUGCCUGCAGACUGGAAACAAGAAAACCGCUUCAGUGAACUGGGAGCCUACGGAGUUGACGGGAGAUACAUGGGGAAAUCUUUACGAGAUCUGAAGGGCACACUCUAUCAUGGCAGCUCCUGUUCCCUCAACAGCUCUGAAAACCUGUAUGCAACGAUAAAGGACCCUCCCCUGCUGACUGCAAAAAACACAGAGUGUGGCUACGUGGAAAUGAAGUCUCCAGCCAGGCGGGAUUCACCAUAUGCUGAGAUCAGCAACAGCAGCCCAACCAAUAACCCCAAUGUCUAUGAAGUUGAGCCAACAGUAAAUACCAUCUCACUGAUUGGAGGCAGUAAUGGCCAUUCACAGUUUGGUCAAGACCCCUACGAUUUACCAAAAAACAGCCACAUCCCCUGUCACUACGACCUCCUGCCAGCCAGAGAGAGUCCAUCCCCAGAGCACAAGGACCUGGACAGUGAAUGAAGGCACAGAGACUCCGUACAGAGACCAGGUCUCACCUCCAGUCUGCAGCUCUGACAAUGGAUGUUCCAGGAACAGGCACACUUUAUACCCAUGCCAUACAACAUGCUUUCACUUGUUUUCUUCCUGUUAUACUUUGACAUUAUCAUUAUAAUUUUGUAUCAUGACUUCUUUUUCAACAAAGUGGGUAAGUAAGAGUCUGGAAAUUACUUUUUGAGGUAUAGCUGUUAUUAUUAUUUUUUUUACAGUGAUUUGUAAACUGGAAAGUCUUCAUAGUUAUUCCGUUAUUCCAUAUGUCUGGGAGGUAAGGUCUAAGUAUGCUUUGAACAAAGCAGUUCAUAUAAUGUGUUGUCCAACCACUGCUAUAGGCAAAAGUGUUUCUGUAUAUAAAGAUGGUCUCCAAUCCCUCCCACUGUACAAAUACUAAGCAAAAAUACACCAGACACCAGAGCCACCAUCUCGUGAUGUCAUUUAGAGCCACAGUUUGCUUACUUAUGAGUGGUCCCACCCACAAACCCAGCCAAUCAAUUGUGAGCUGCCAAUCAUGAUGUUUCACCUUCUUUCUAUCCCAUCAAAUAUAACUAAUUAACUAAUAAUAACUAUGUGCAACCCAGAUUCCAAAAAAUGGGACAAUAAACAUUUUGCUAAUACUGUGUGACACAUAUUCAUUUGAAAUUGUACAAAACAACAAAUUUAGCCCCUUAAAACAACCUGCCCACCCGCAUGUAAGGGUAGGGGAAGGGUUGGACGGUUGUUUUUGAACAGUUGUAGUAUUGGUUGUGUUUUAGCCACAUGCUAAACAGGCACAACUGCAGAAACUAUAUCAACUCUCUUUAAUCAUUUAUAGAUAUUAUAUUUCAUGAAUGUCAUAUGAGUCAUACUUAAGGCAAACUUUUGAGGGACCACUGAGCAGGAUGAGAAUCCUGUGAUUGACUCUUAGAGUAGAAGUAAAGUGUACCUAGUUAGCAAGUCUUCAGAUGCCUUUAUCUGUCUCCCUCUGCCACAUCUGACUUUAAGAACAUAUCAAUACACUUAAGUAUUGCAAUAUUAUAGUUUGUAUUAGUGUUGCCAACUUUGUUGCUUUAUUUAGCAACUUUUCAGACGCCCUUAGCGAUAUUUUUUUUAAAAAGCAACAGUAGAAAAAGUCGCUGCCAGUUAUUGGAGACUUUUGGAGACUCGUUCUUACUCUUCUUAACCAGCCUGCGGGGCCGUCGAAGUCGAAUCGGCACAGUCCUCCUGCAGCAGUCUCUCCCAGCUCCAGGGCCAGAGGGGAUGUUAACCCCUUAUUUCAUUUUUUUUCAUUUAUCCUUUAUUUAUUUUCUCGAGGAAUCAUUGAGGGCAACCCCUCAUUUGCAAUGAUGUUGAGAGUACAGAGAAAACACGAAACAGCACAGACAAAUCACAUUAAAUACAUACACAUUAAAAACAGUUACAGUGAAAGGCAAAGUUAUUGAUUAUCAUAGUCUGCAAAUUGCUAAUAGGCUAACAGUUAGCUCUGUAGCAGUACAGUGUGUAUGUGCUGCUGCUGCAGGAGGUGUUCACCUAGUGACCUCUGUUUGUUUACAACAAGCACCAGACACUCUGUACACACACUAAAAACUGUUCCUAUUGUUUGUUUAAAAGUAGUGCAAUAAAAAUACAGAUGUUGUCCCUAACAUGAUGAAUAAUCGUGAUUAAUAAUCGUGAUUACAAUAUUGACCAAAAUAAUCGUGAUUAUAUCCUGAUCACUUCACUUGGACUGGGGUGCUCCAUGUUUUUUGACAGCCCCAAUUUGCAGAAUCAGAAUCAAGGUACAAUUUAAAAAUUUACAACAAGAAUCCCUAGUUUCAAGCACUUAUCCUUGCCUCCCAAUGGGGAUGUUUUUCAGGAAUUGAACUGGCAAAACUUUUGACCAGGUAACACUAAAUGAUUCAGUUAAUUACACCUGUAUAAAAUGCUCAUCACAAUUUCAUUAUAUCCUCAUAUUUUUCUGAUGACAUCAUACUAAAAAUAAGUUAAAUGCAUUCUUUUUUUGUUUACUCAUUGUGUUGAUGUACUGAAUACUUUUGUUAUGUUUUGCAUGAAUGGACUGUUACUGAAAACUAUUUAAACGACAAGCAUGCAGCAUGCUGAACGUUUCCACCACUAGAUGGCAGCAAAGAGCAUACGAAUCAACCAAUGAGUGGCUCAACCUAGUAUUGUUCAGGAGGCACUUGAAGCCAGAACAUAAGGGGCUUUACACAGUACACAAGCUUUUGGUUGAGUGUCUUUGUCUAUUUGGCAGCAGGCUCACAUAAAAAAAAACUACUGGCCUGUUUUCAUGAAACUUGAUGGAAUCAAUUAGAUCAAAUCAAAUCACUGGUGACACAUUUUUACAAUAUUUUUGUUUCCAUAAAAUAUGUAAGGCAGAGGAGCAAGGCCCACUUUGUCAUUAAUACCCUUUCCUGCAAGAAUUUCUCAACCUUUUACAUAGUGCUUCCUAUAAUCCAUCAACUGUGAGGCUUGAGUACCAGGCAAUUCUUGUCUGCACUGUUAUUAACAAAAUGGGACAUUUCAGAUAUACAUUUCUGAAUAGUAAAAGCAAAGAAAUAAGUGAUUGUGAGACUGACAGCAAAGGACAACUAAUAUUGUCGUUCUCUGUUAUUCACGUGAAGAUGUGGGUUGUUCAUGAAGAAUCCAUGGCACUGCAUGGGCUGGCACAAGCUGGUCCAAAAUACCCUCCAGCAUAUUGAAGUACUUUGUAGUUUUUUGUUUCACUCUCCCAUGUAAUCUUGUUUUAUUUUUUAAUGUUUGUCUGCACCGUUUGGCUGUGUGUCUGGUUCACAAUUUAUGUUGUGUUGUUCAGCCCCAUACAGUGAUGACUGUGAUGAUUGUGGGUAUGAUACAUGUGCUCCAUGUCGAACAACAUAGGUACACUGCUAAAAAAGAAAAGUUGGGUUGACUCAAAAUUUCAAGGCAACAAACUUCCAUAAAAUUUUAAGUUGGACAAUCAAACAAAAUAUUUUAAUUUUACAUUGUAAUAACUUUUAAUCCUUACUUCUGCUAACUUCUGCAAUGUGCUGAAUUGGCAUGAUUGUAACGCUGCUAUGAAAUGUCAGCUAAUGUUGCGACCACAAUUUUGAGUUAGCUUUGAUACGCUAAUGGCUACUCUUGUAGCUGUAACAAGCAGCGCGGCUAGCAUCAGUUAGCCGCUAGCUUUCGCUAAUGACCGGAAACCUGUUUGUGUUUAAAUGUUGAAAAUGUGUAGGUUGCCUUCUCCAACAAAAGACGUACAACACUGCACAACACAGCUCAGAAUAAAAUUCCCAUAUCAUUUUAAUUAAUUUAAUUAAGGGUUGAUUACCUGUGUGGACUCAAGCUCAGGCAGCACAGCCACAAUGAGACUUCAAGUGCAGUGCUAACUCGGGAAGUUGGCUUUCCCACAUUUCACAACAAAGAAAUAAGAGUUAGCAGAACUAAUUGUCCCUUGUUUUAAACCCCAAUGUAGAGAUACAAGUAACAAUAACUCACCAGCUUGUUUUUGAGCAUACAACUGGCUUGCUUUGUUGUGCUAACUUACAUUAUUGCCCUAAAUGUCAAUAAUUUAUAUUUCCAAGUUUUACCAACUUAAAUUACUGUUUUAGGCCAAAAAUACAAGUUGGCACUGAUAACCCCCGAAUGCCACCUUGUGAACACUGUUCAAAUUUAUUUCCACAAGCAACAAACUGAAUCUGUGACAAUGGCUACACUUGAGCAGCCUCCUCUCCCCAUAUACCAAUGAUGUUCAGAACACUUUAACCCUUUGAUGCACAACAUAUGGACAGCCCUUCUAAUGUACAACAUGGGUCAAAAAUGACUCAUUCAUCCAAAUUUGAUUUAAAAUUAAAUGACCUGAUACUAUAAUAAUAGUAAUUUGUUUCAAAUAGUUACUUUCCACACUCGUAUAUUUACUGUAUAUAACAUGUUUAUUUACAUUUUUUUAGGUUUCAGCCUUCCAUGGCCUAGAGGUUAGGAAUCAGGCUUGUAACUGGAGAGUCGCCGGUUCGAAUCCAGGUACUGACAGGUCUAGGACUGAAGUGCCCUUGAGCAAGGCACCUAACCCCCCUGCACAGCUCCCCGGGUGCAGUAAUGUGCUGCCCACUGCUCCUUGCAUGGUGUGUUCACUUGUGUGUAAAAAAAAAAAAAGGAUGGGUUAAAUGCAGAGGUUGAAUUUCCCCAUUGUGGGAUUAAUAAAGUAAUCUUAUUAUUAUUCCAAAAUUGAUUAAAUUCAUUUUUCCUUAAAAUUCAUUCAUUACUGUUAACCACUUCAAUACCCCAUAAUGACAUUUUUGAACCAUGUUGUGCAUUAGAAGCGUAGUGAUAUAAAAAGGGUUUUUAUUCUUAUUAUUAAGUUAAGAAAUUGAAAACAAAAAAAUAGGAUGUAUGGUGAUCAAAAACAAGUUGAUUUAGGAAAACCUGCAAUACUGAAUGAUGAAAUUAAUUUAUUGCAAAGAUAUAGAAAAUUAAAAACUCAGUCGGGUCACUUUAGACCCAUUUUGUGCAUCAAAGGGUUAAUUAUUGGUUGUCCUAGUUCAUACAAAUGCAGAGGUAAAUUGAUGGUUACUGCUGUGUUUGUUGCUUGACCAAUCAUAAUAGACAGCGCUGUCGACAAUCCCUGAAAGUACCUGGAACCUUGUAUCACGGACUGAGCUGCGCCCAGAUGUAGUUCUUGGAACGCGUCCCCAGAGCAGGUAGAGAACCAAGUACAAUGAAUACAUUUAACAUUUUUCUUAGGUUCAUGUGCUAGUCAGGAGCUAUUUGUGAUUUCACUCACACAUUAACAUUCAUGUCCUUCUGUGUGGAGGUUUUCAAUCAGUGACCAUAUUUAGACUGAAGAAACCCCCCAAAUAUGUUUACUGACUACAAAACACAAUUUACAGAGACAUCAUUAUAUGUUCAUCUUGUCUUAUAAUACCACUUCAGUAAACAUCCUUACGUCACCAAAUUAUCACAGUCAACUGUACUAUAAAUCCUAACACAGUUACUGAUGCAAUUUAAAGGGCUGCACAUGAAACAUCAACAACAUGAAAUGUAAGCUUAAGCUGGACUUUGGCUUUUUGAAAGGAUAAUUGUAUCAGGAACAGUUCACAUUAUUAAUCUCUAAUGAACAUUGUCAUAUAUUGCAGAAAAUAGUUGCUUUUUUUUUUUGUCUUUUCUUGUAUUCUAAAUGGCCUAAAAUAGCAAUCUUAAGCUAUUCUUAGCUUAUUUAAAAUGUUUGUAAAAUAAUGUAUAGAGUUUGAUCAGUUCUGUAAAAUAUUAACAUCAAACGGUGUCUUACGUACAAAAUAGGAACAGGAACAAAUGUGGCAUUUGCUUUAGCACCUAUACAACAAUAAUAAAUAACUGGGAAACUAGAGACUCGUUAACAGAUACUGCAUAUCUUAUGUAAUCAUGUUCUUUUCCAGUCUGCUGGAGUUCUGUGUAUUUAAAUGACCACUGAAGAUGUUUGCUCUGAAAGAAAUGCUUUAAGUCUUCUAAAGUUGAAUUUAUCUGGUUCUUGACAAUUAAUUGGUUCCUUCAUUCCCCCAGAAGAAUAAUCAUUUACACACAUGCUGCCACUGCUCACUUGUUCCACAAAGUGACAAUGAUUUAGCGACAAACAUAAUGGGAUUCCAUUGUGCUUUUCUGGGUUUUGUUUUUGUUUUUCAUUAUAGUGCUGUUUGUGCAAAACUUUGCUUUGGAAUAAAAUGACAUAAUUUGA